UAGAAAUGAAGGAACCGUCAGUUAAGACGUUCUGCACAAAGAGGCAACAUCAGUUUGCCUUGAAUCUAACAUGACGGUUAUUGUCACGACUAUAUUUAUUGUAAAACAGUCGUAGAAUUAAUCAUAGAAUUGUACGAAAUUUUUCGAUGGUGUUAAUAUUUCUCGUUGUAACACAAAUUGGAUUGUCUGUAUUUCCGAUAGAGUUAAAUUUGUGUAUAUAUUUUAUGUAAUUCUUGCGGAGAAGGUACCAGAAUUUUCGAAAAAAAAAAAAUUAACAAAAUGGGUUCGGAACAAAGUUCACAGGGUGGUACGCAAAAUGCAAAUGCCAGUAGGACAAGAAUGAUGCCAUUACGGCGUGGCAAAAGUGUACCAAAUCGGGAAAGAGUACCAGAGGAUACGCCGCCAAGAUGCACGAGUCCUGGUGCUAGCAUUUGUUCGGACUCUGAUCUACCUUAUAUAUCGUAUACGGUAAAUAGACCAAUCGGCGAUUCACCGAAAAUGACUAAUAAACAAUCACAAUUAUACAGAGGCAAAAGUUUGGGUGCACAAGAUAUAUCUAGACGUAAAAAUAGCUUAAAUACUAGCAGUCAUAGAAAAACUACCUCUGAUAAAAUUCACAAUAUAGUGGUAGUAAAACCGGCUGCUGCUGAUCCGACGACCGAUAAAGAUCCUGAUUUGGUUAAACUUCAAAGCAUUCCAAUGUUUUUACCUAUCAUGCGUGGUACUCUCAAUUUACCACCAGGGGUGAGGGAUCCGGAAGUCCUGGAAAGAUUAGAUCCAAUCGGUUUGUUCAAUUUAUGCGCGCGCUAUCAGCAUCACCUCAAUACCAAUGCUCAAAUGAUUGCUGGGGAACAAGCUGCACUCUGUAUCAAUAUUGAACCAGAAGUUACAAAGAUCCUUAAUUUGGCGUUGGAAAGGCAAAAGAAAUUUGCCAGAUUUGCAGAACAACUGAACAAAGUACACGAGCUUAGUAAACAGCUGACUAAAUGUCAUUCACUUCUUAAUAAAACUUUGGAGAGUCUAGAAACACUAAAUAAUCUUUUACCUAUAGAAGAGAGGUUGGAACCGUUUGUAUGGACUACAGGAUAGAAUUUAACAUCAAAGGUAUCAAACGAAUAGCUUUAAAAACUAAAUUAUGUCUAAAGUAUAUUGCACUUGUGCUAAAAAUUUGAAUGAACUUGAUACAAAAACUGUUAAAAUUUUUCUUUCCUUUUAUUGUUUGUACCAAGUUUCUACUAUUAAUCUCUAUCCAAAGACAUCUAGUAGUACAUAUUUAUAUUGCACAGAAAAUUCUGUACUAUAUAUUUAUUUUCGUGUUAACUCUAUAAUUAUACGGUAAAAAAAAAAGUGAUGUUUAGUUUCAAAAAUGCAUACAAUUUCCUAUGACGAAAAUCUUGUACAUUUUAUUAAAUAAAAAUAUUCAACUUCACAAUUACAAGACAAUAAUUUUUAACAUCCGCGU